CUAUUUUAAAUCAAACUAGUCUAGUUACUUAGUAACAUGUAAUCUAAACAAUCAGAAACUAGAUAGAGUUGGACCUAUCAAGAAGACAAACUCUUAUUAGAACUUAUCAAACUCAAUGGGUGUGCAUCUUGGAAUCGUAUAGCAAUUGAACUUCAAUCUAAAAUGAAGAAUCCCACAAAAAUACGUUCACCAGCUGCUUGUAGAGAACGAUACUAAAACAUACUUAACCCUAAUUUGAAUAAAAGUAUUUGGACAGAGGAAGAAGAACAAAAAUUAUUCAAUCUUUAACAAUAAUUUGGUAACAGUUGGGCCAGGAUAGCUUCCUAAAUGACAGGUCGCUCCGAUUUACUUUGUAAAAAUUACUUUUAUGCAACUUUGAGAAAAGUUUUACGUCGUCUCAGUAAAGCAGUGGGGCUGGAUUAAUCUUCAGACUUACUAAAAUAAAUUAAACCUAGUGUGUUAGGUGUGAUCUAUUGUAAUGAGGAUUCCCUAAAAAGCUUUAAUAUUGAUGAAGAAAUGAAGAAUGAUUUUAAAAAGAUGAUUAAAUAAUACAGACACACAGAGAAAUCGGAAUUAAGAAUGUUACCAGAGGAAGAAAUCAACCAUAUCAAAACGAUGUUAAAUAAACUAUUUGCCAUCAACAACAAUUACAUUACUUAAAAAGGUGCAAUCACGUUUAAUAAAAAUAACAAACAAGAUUUAAUCUCUUUGGAGACUAGCAAAAUUAACCUUAAUCAAAAUUGUUAAUCUGAUUCAAAAAUGUUAUCAAAAAUCUAAACCUCUACCCUGAAACAUGAUUAUUAGGAAGAAUACGAUUAACAAUUAAACUACUAAACUCAAAUCUUCUAAGAGUAAUAACCAAUUCAAAACUUAGACAAGUAACCUUAUUCCAAUCACUAUUCAUAUCCCCAACCCCUAAUAUCUAUGUAUACUCCCACUCCUGUUAUAACAUUCUAUAUCUAACCAAACUUCAAUAUCUGGCCAAUCUAACCUGCCUAACUAUACAGCCCACCUCAAUGCCUUCAAAUCCCUUAAACUUAUACUUACAUCAAAUAUGAAUAAUCAUAAUGA